AUGGCAAAUGGCCGGAAAUCAUCGCUGUCGGAGGACGAUUGGCUGUACGAGGAUGCGCGCGAGACAGCAGCCACCGUGCCUGAUACGCUUUCGGCUGAUGGCAUGAGCGAAGACAGCACUUAUGAGAAGCAAUUUGGUCGUGGCAUCUACGGUGCGUCCGGGCUGCUACGUGAUGGCGCCGCUGCAGGAGGCACGAAACUCGUCGAAGUGUUCUAUAUCGAUGAAGGAACCACAGCGUGGCUUAAUGCGGCGUGUCUUGCGAAAAUGGACGAAUUUUUUUCGUUUCAUCCAUGGCAAGCAAUAUGUGUUGCACUGUUCAAAGUGAAGCCAAAACGGUCGCUGUCAUGUGUUGAUGGUGAACGGAUCUGGUCCGCGGAAGAUGUGGAAGUUUUACGAGCAAUCAUGAAGAACUAUAAAUUCGUUUGCAUCGAAGCUGCACCAGGUGGCGGGCCCAGUGAUGACUAUCGCGUCCCUGUCAGGGCGAAUGUAUUUGGACUGAAAACUCUAUCUGACGAGAUUGGCACCUCCAUUGUUCAGCUGUUCGUUCGCGAGCGCCAUGGCAAAGUGGAUCACGAUCGCGCAUUGUUCAGCGGCACACAGCAGAAGCUUUACGAAACACGUGUAAUUUAUUAG